CACCAGCUACUCCCGCCCUUCUUCCGCGUCGCGGCGCCAUAAUCCGAGAUCUGACCCCCCUUCCGCCCCCAAAAUUCAUCACAUCAAACACCUCCCGUGUCUCCCGGGGCACCCACCUCCCGAGCUUCCUCCUCAUUUCACACCCCACUUCUCCCGCCCUUCCUCGAGCGCGUCUCCAUGGCCAAGAAAGGCGCCGGCGGUGAGGAGAGCGUGGUCGUGCCGGGGCAGACGGAGGAGGCCAAGCAAGGCCCUCCCCGGAAGCGCAACCCGUGCCCCGGAAUCCGCUGCGUCGGCGGCCGGAUCUAUGACCCGGAGAACGGGAAGACCUGCCACCAGUGUCGCCAGAAGACGAUGGACUUCUCGGUGGCUUGCACGCAGCCCCGGAAGAAGGGGCUUUGUCCAAUCCACUUCUGCCACAAGUGCCUCCUCAACAGGUAUGGUGAGAACGCCGAGGAUAUGACCAAGGAGGCGGGCUGGACCUGCCCCAAAUGCAGGGGCAUCUGCAACUGCAGCUUCUGCAGAAAGAAGAAAGGGGAGACGCCUACAGGAAUACUGGCCCAUGCUGCCAAGGCGUCAGGGCACUCGUCCGUCCAUGAUUUGCUGAUAAAGGGCUCCGACAUGGUGGUUGCUGCACAGACGCUGUCCUCGCUCCCUAAGAAGAUCAAGAAGGAACGCAAGGAGGGCAGCUUAAAGAGGGCGCUAGGGACAGAUGAUGCUAACGGUGGAUUGUUCGCUGAAGGGGAUGAGAAUAUUAAGACUGAUCUCAAUGCACUUCCUUCAGUUCCUAUCAAAAAGAAGCUGAAGAAGAUCAAGAAGGAACACAAGGAGGGCAACAUAAAGAAGGUGCCAGGGACAGGCGAUGCUACUGAUGGACUGUUGACUGAAGGGGAUGAGAAUACAAACACUGAUCUCAAUGCAUUUCCUUCAGUUCCUACCAACAAGGAGCUGAAGAAGAUCAAGAAGGAACGCAAGAAGGGCAACAUAAAGAAGGCCCUAGGGACAGAUGAUGGUACUGAUGGAUUGUUGGCUGAAGGGGGUGAGAAUGCAAGGACUGAUCUCAAUGCAGUUCCUUCAGUUCAUACCGACAAGGAGCUGAAGAAGAUCAAGAAGGAACGCAAGAAGGGCAACAUAAAGAGGGCCCUAGGGACAGAUGAUGGUACUGAUGGAUUGUUGGCUCAAGGGGAUGACAAUACAGGGACUGAUCUCAAUGCACUUCCUCCAGUUCCCAUCAGCAAGAAGCUGAAAAAGGGCAACCACAUGGUAAAUGAAAUGACUGCUGAUGAAAAGUGCCCUGUUGAAAUUAAGGGCGAACUUCACAUUAGGAAUGAGAGCACUGAUGUCCCAGAGACCAAAAUUGAGCUACCCAUAGGUACUCCAGUCACUGACAUUGCAGGGGCUGAGCUGGAGGUUGAUGAUGUUGGGUCUGCACUUCAGUUUCAUGAAUUCUGCCGCACAUUUGCAGAGGUGCUUAAAAUAAGAAAGGGACAGCCAGAAAAAAUUCUUCAAGUCAUCACUGGAGGAGGCCGUAUCGGGCGAGAGGUGCCUUCAGUUGUUGCUGACCUUCACAUUAGUUUGUUAUCUGUCAUCCAAGAAGACAGAGAAGAGAACCCUUCGGACUAUUCAAGGAAUGGUGAUGCUUGGAUAAUUGAUACUGGGAAAUAUAUUAGUGAAUCCACAGUUAUCUCGAAGGAACUGCCUCUUGAUUGUUUAAGUCAAGGGGUAUUAGGAUAUAAAAAAUUGAGCCCUUCUUUAAAGCUGCAUGUGCUGAAUUUUCUGUGUGAUGAGGCCCUUUCUACUACAACAUUAAAGAACUGGGUUCUCAAACAGCAUGAAAGUGCAACUGAGAGAAAGGUUGCUGCAAGGGAAAAAUUCCGUGCUGUCAAAGAAAAGGAAAAGGAGCUUAAAGAAAAACUAACAAUUAAGAUGGCUAAACCAAGGUUUUUGAGAAAUGGAGCAGAAAUUAAUAGUCUUGUUUCUCAAAUUAAGGAGGCAUAUGAAGACAAGAAGGCAGUAAUAGAUGAGGAGAAGCUGGGAGGUCUAGUUAGGAAAAAGCCUGUCAGGAUAGACGAAGGGGUUGCGUACUGGAAGCUGGAUGGUUAUUGUGAUAAGACAGCAAUAAUGCGCCAAGAGUUUGACGCAACAGAGAACACUGACAAGUGGUUUAUGUUCACCGAGGAAGAAGAAAAAGUAAUCAAAGGUCAUGUAGCCCCAAGGCCCCAGUUGAAGCGCAAAAACAAAAAACAUACCUUGGCUGGGCACAAUGCUCUACCGAUCUCAAGCUCCAUGAAAACUCAGACUCCUGUUUCAGCUGUUUGAAGGUGGAUGAGCUAUGCUAGCUGAGGAAUGGGGCGCUGCAGAGGAUAUAAGUGGCUGAGCUUUGCUGUAGGGAAGUUAUGCAACUGCAGAAGAGCCAACAACUAUCUGAAGAUGCAGUGACAGCAUUCUAUUCCCUGGGUCAUGCCAUGUUUUGUCUGGAUUGGAACUUUGGAAGUUAUUAUUUUUACGUCGCAAUUGUUCUGUACAUGUUAUUACUAGUUUAAGGGAAGGUUUCUAUGAAACAUCCAUUGCAUUGGUCUGAACAAUCAUCGUUUGAAUGUUGUCACUAUGGUUGUAUAAUCAAUCUUCCUGUAGCAUGCAUGUACCAACAAAUUGACUUCACUGUACUGUAUCUGGUGAUCAUGUUACUCAUAUGCUCCUACUCUUUUAUGGUCAUCUUAUGCUACUCUGGAUGAGAGCUGUGUA